GACGCGCCGCUGCAGAGAAAGAAAGAAGAAGAAAAAAAAGAAGAAGCCCUAUCCCAGUGGCGGCGAGCGUCGGCGAUCGGCGAGCGGCAGCGAGUGGCGAUUUGUUGCAGAUUAGGGGUCUUUGAUUUUUUUCUCCCCCUAUUUUUGUUGCGGAUUAGGCGAUUUGUUGCGGAGUACGUUCUGCUUAUAUUUUCUCUCUGCAACCUUGGCAGGCUUCUUCGUGCUCAGAAAUCUCAAAGCCCAGCCUGAGUUAUACGAGAAAACAACCAAGAAAUUGAAGAGGAGAGCUCCCCUAAAGAACAGCUUCCCCUUUUGAAUUAAUUACUCCCCAAUUUCCCUCCCAACAAUGCGACCGGUAUCCAAAUGAGCAAACAACCCCCGAAGCUCACCGUCAACCUCGCCCGUCUCAUCUCUCACCUCCAGCUCUGCUCUAAAACCCAGAACCUCUCGAGGGCGAAGCAAAUCCAUUCCCAUCUCAUCACCAACAACUUCCAUUCCUGUCCCCAAACCACCACCUCCUUAAUCUCUCUCUACUCCAGCCUCAACCUCCCCUUCGAUUCCCUCUCAGCCUUCAUCUCCUCCCCUCACCCUCCCAAUCUCUUCACGUUCAAUGCCAUCAUCUCUUCCUUCGCCUCUAAUAACCUCCCCGACCUCGCUCUCGACUACUACAACAUCCUUAGGUUGGAGACUGUUUUGGCCCCCGACAAGUUCACUUACCCCUGCGCCAUCAAGGCCUGCACUUCCUUGGGCGUACAUUGUGACGUGCAGAAGAUUCACGGUGAAGUUGUGAAGAUCGGGCUUGGUUCUGAUAAGUUUAUUGCCAGUGCUCUGGUUCGUUCUUACCUGGAAUUUGGGUUUAUUGAUUAUGCGCAGAAGAUGUUUGAUGAAUUGGCUGAGAAAGAUGUAGUCUUGUGGAAUUCAAUGGUUAACGGGUUUGCCCGGAAAGGCGAUUUUGGGAAUGCAGUUGAGUACUUCAGGCAAAUGGGUUCUGAUGGAAUUAUGCCUAGUUCAUUCACUCUUACUGGAAUUUUAUCGGUUUUUACUGCAAUGGCUGAUGUUUUCUGUGGGAAGACUGUUCAUGGGCUUGUCGUGAAGUCUGGAUUUGAGGAGGGGCUGUCAGUUUCGAAUGCAUUGAUUGAUUUGUAUGGGAAGUGUCACGAGUUGGUGGAUGCAGUGGCGGUGUUCGAAAGGAUGCGGGAGAAGGAUUUGUUUUCGUGGAAUUCGAUGAUUUCAGCAUUUCGGUAUAGUGCUGAUCAUGGAGAGACUUUGAGGUAUUUUGUCAGAAUGAGGCACGCAGGUGUGCUGCCGGAUGCUGUUACUCUUGCAGCUGUACUGCUUGCUUGUUCUCAGUCAGCAGCUUUGAUGCAUGGUCAUGGGAUCCAUGUAUAUAUGAUAACAAGUGGUAUCAGUUCCAGCAGCGACGUGUUCGUGCACAAUGCUCUGAUGGACAUGUAUGCGAAAUCUGGUGCAUUAGCUGAUGCUAACCAAGUGUUCAAUAUGAUGCCUGCCCAUGAUGUUGCCUCUUGGAACAUUGUAAUCCAUGCCUUUGCUGCUCAUGGCCUUGCUGCAGAAGCAUUGGAGCUGUUUGAUGCCAUGUGUGCAGCCAGAGUUGCACCUGAUGAGGUUACAUUCGUCGGUCUUCUCUCUGCCUGCAGCCACACUGGCCUAGUAGAGCCUGGUCGUGAUAUAUUUCAAAGAAUGGAGGUAGAGUAUGGUGUUGUCCCUGUAAUGGAGCAUUAUUCGUGCAUGGUUGAUCUCUUAGGACGUGCCGGGAGGCUGAAAGAGGCCCAAGAGGUAGCAGAACAGGCUAAGGAGACAGGGGUUUGGAGAGCAUACCUAGCAGCAUGUAAAAUGCACGGGAAAAUUGAGCAGGCUGUAGAGGCCGCAGAAAGAGUUGUAGGAUCAGAGCCAAAGGAAAGUGGGGGAUAUGUGUUGUUAGCAAAUGCAUAUGGGUCGGCUGGGAGGUUCGAAGAGGUGGAGGAGGUGAGGGGGGAUAUGUGGAGGAAGAAGGUAAGGAAAGUGACGGGAUGUAGUUGGGUGGAGGUGAGUGGGUUAGGAUUGAACACAUUCGUUACGGGGGUUCUUGAUCAUCCAAGAGGAAUAGAGGUUUGUGGUGUGUUACAUGGAUUGGUCAGACAGAUGAGGGAGUUUGGUUGCUUGUACCAUGAUAUCUUGACGCAAGGGAUUGACCAAGAUGUGGAAGAAGCAUCGGCUACUAUAGGUGCAAUAUCCAUCCGAUCACAAUGAGUCAUUGCCUUAAAUAUUGAUGCAUGGAUAAUGACGACGAUGAGGAAGCUGCACUUAGCAUCAGAGAAAUAGUUGUAUACAUGAUAAGGACCUAUUAUUGUUCCAUAAUCUAGAGCUUGAGAAAGAUGAAAUUUGUGUUGCUGCAUCAUGAGAAGAGGAAGCAGAAGUUGGCCUAGGAAAGUCAUAUAUUACAGUGGAUAAAUGGACUAAAGCUCCAUGACUGAUCGGAUUCAAGGAGCUUGGAUUUUCACCUGGACCUGAUGGCUGAGGACAGUUCUUGUGGGAAACAACCCGCUGACGAACGACAACUCGAUGACUUUGCUGAAACACUUCACAAUCUGACGCAGAUGAUGGCUGCGUUGACUGCCGAAGCGAGGCAUGAAAGAAGGGAGAGGCUACUGGAUCGAGUAGGGGACCUGUCGGGGAACGGUAACCCCG